CUAGAGUCGUCUCGUUCUGCCAUUCGUUGCCGGUUUGUUUCUUUGCGAAAACAAUCAUACAAAUUUUAUUUAUAUGACCUUGUCGCACAUGAUUUUGACAGUUUCUUGGGGAGAGCUAGUCGUAUAAUCUCAGUAGAGGAUAUUCCGUCGCCAGUAGCAGUCACUUGAGUUGGCGAGUUUUGCGAACCUUGGUAUAUUUGGGUCAGAAAUUAGAACCUUGACAGUGAAGUUAUUGAUUGAGGUUUGGACUUUCGUGAGAUUACCACAGAGGAAAGAAAAACCUCGAAAUUUAGUAUAAUUACUGCUCCUAGCAUGUCUGCGGUAUUGCUAGCGUUCAGUCGCGCUGCGAGGUCGCAGCGAUUGGUUUGCAGUAACGUUCACCUGAUGCAGCGCUAUAUUCACAGUCUCCGGCAAGAUAAGGCCUUUGUCAAUGGCCAAUGGGUUGGAGCGCGGCAGGGUGCAACCUUCGAGGUGACCAAUCCGGUCAACGAGAAAGUAAUCGGAACCGUUCCGGAUAUGGACGUCAACGAUGCUAGCGAAGCGAUUGAUGCUGCGUACGCUGCAUUCUACAACAAACAGUGGCACAACAGUACGGCCAAGGAGCGAGCUGCCCUGCUGAAGAAAUGGUUCCACUUGAUGGAGGAAAACCGCCAGGAGAUCGCAAACAUCAUGACGGCCGAAUCGGGAAAACCCAUUCCGGAGUCGCUGGGCGAGAUCACCUACGGUAACUCGUUCGUCGAGUGGUUUGCCGAGGAAGCCCGUCGCAUCUAUGGGGAAAUUGUCCCACCGCCGAUGGCGAAUCGUCAGAUCAUGCUCACCAAGCAGCCGGUUGGCGUCGCUGGACUGAUCACUCCGUGGAAUUUCCCGCACGCCAUGAUUACGCGGAAAGCGGCCGCUGCGAUCGCUGCCGGCUGCACGGUGGUCAUAAAGCCAGCUGAGGAUACUCCUCUGACAGCGCUGGCGCUGACCAAGCUAGCCGAGGAAGCCGGCUUUCCAAAGGGCGUGAUCAAUAUCGUGACUAGCAGCCGGAAAAAUGCGGCUAGCAUUGGAGAGCUGCUGUGCAAGAGUGAAAAGGUCGCUGCGAUCUCGUUCACCGGUUCCACGGAGGUAGGUAGACUCCUUUAUAAACAAUGCGCCCAUGGAAUCAAGCGUAUUGGCCUGGAGUUGGGAGGUAAUGCUCCGUUCAUCGUCUUCGAUUCGGCUGACUUGGACAAAGCUGUGGCUGGUGCUAUGAACUCCAAGUUCCGAAACUGUGGUCAGACUUGUAUUUCAGCUAAUCGAUUCCUGAUUCAGGAGGGAAUCCACGAUAGGUUUAUUGCACAGCUGAUGGAGAGGGUGAAGACCCUCAAAAUUGGAGACGGUUCCCAGGAAGGAGUUCAAAUUGGUCCACUGAUCAACCAUGCUCAAGUUGACAAAGUUACCAACUUUGUUGAGGAUGCCAAACAGAAGGGAGCACAAGUUAUUUGCGGUGGCCGUCAGUUGUCCGACAAAGGAGCUCUCUUCUACGAACCAACUAUUGUUACACAUCUACGAGACGACAUGAAGUUGUACAAUGAGGAAAUUUUUGGACCCGUAAUUUCAGUCAUCAAGUUCAAAACGGAAGAGGAAGCAUUGAAAAUUGCGAACGGCACUCAACGAGGCUUGGCCGGAUAUUUCUACAGUACGGAUCUGAACCAGGUGUUCCGGGUGUCCCGGCUGCUGGAAACGGGUAUGAUCGGGGUCAACGAAGGGCUCAUCUCUUGCACCGAGGCCGCGUUUGGAGGAAUCAAAGAGUCUGGCAUCGGAAGAGAGGGAUCCAAGCACGGCAUCGACGAAUAUGUUUACAUCAAAUAUCUUUGCUAUGGAAAUCUAGAAUAAACACAAUCGGUCGUACAGCCUAGUUAAACCGUGCACAGCUGCAGGCAUAUGUGUGUACGCAUUAUCGUGACCGUAAUUCAAAUCUUCUCAUUUGUAACCGACAAGUGUGCGAUAUGCAAAUAUUCCAUCAGCAGCACUGAUCUAGUUUAGAACUCGUUCCUUCGUAUGCAUUCGCGUACAUACAGCAGUCACAGUGCAGUAGGAUCAAUUAGCUUAUUGUUUUACACCAAGUGAAGCGAUUCGAUCGUUACGAUAUGUUAUUAUAAGAUUAAAUCUUGUUUUUCACUUGACGGGAACCUAAGAUGCGCUGAUGUUAGUCUUCCAAAUCGUAAUUUAAGCUAAUGUAAUUCAUUGGACGCAUGCAGUUAUCGAACAAUAAAGAUAUUGAUAAAUGUAA